CGACUGUUCACGACCAUCGAUUCGACACCAUUCUGGUUGCGCCAUCGGAAGACCCGUUCAUAUGCACUCUCGAGCACUUUGCAUCGUUUGAAUCAUCUCAACAACAUCCACGCGAUACCUCCCAACAUGACUGCAGCACCAAUCUCUCGACAAAAUCUUUGCACGCCGCACCAAGUGUUUCACAAGCCAUCCGCUUGAUGUCAGGUGGUGACGUCAAGUGCGGCAGUGCAUCGACGUCGCUUCUCCAACGGACAAGCGCGCGGCGCCGUCGAGUCUUGUUGGCGGCGAAGUCCAAACGGUUCCAUAUCGUCCGACCAAAAAAUGCGGUCGACGUGCAUCAAGCAAACGAUCGCUGACGUUCGAUGACGUGGCCCCGCGCGAGUGCCACCACCGUUGGCUUUCUCAAUCUCGGGGUCGCCGUGCUGCAAGUCGUAGCUGGCAUCUACGGGUUUCUGUCGAUCCUGGACAUUCUGCACCUGGCCCCAAUCUUCGUCUCGGCCUACGCGAUCUUGUUGGCACUGCCGCUCUUCCUGUACGAAUGCAAGUUCAAGCGCUUCCACCGCAUCCUGCGGCGCCAGGUCGGGUUCAUGUUCUACUUUUAUGGACGGUGUGCGUACCUCGUCUUCAUGGCGCUCAUGGACGUCGGCAUUCCCGGUGGCCUUGGCAAGGUCAUUGCGAUUCUCAUCGACGUCAAUGUGUUCUUCAUGCUGUCGUUGCGGUGCUGCGGCGUUGCCACUGGACCGCUCACCGCGGGCCACGCACCCCCUGAAACCUACCAUGCGACCGUGUUCGCGCCGAAAAACGGUGUCCGAGCUGCUCGUUUUCUCUCGUAAUACCAACCUAACGCGGCGAGCAUGCGUGACCCUCUUCUCGACAAUACCCCGCGCGGCACACACGUUUUUCUGCUGCGCG